UAACAGUCUGCUACUGUGGUACAAGUCAGUGAACAGUCACCCAAAACAUUGUCACGUGGCUCGAAGGACUUCUCCUUCGUCAACAGUUAUCACUCUUAGCAGGCAAAAACAAAACACCAACUACCAAAUAAAAACAGCUUAACCCAAAAUAUCGUCAAAUCUUCUAGCGCUAUGUAAAUAUAUUGUGCUUUCUUUCGACAGCAGCAAUAGCUCUUCCUGAGUAUUAGUUGUGCCUAUAUGAGGUUCUUGCUGUGCGAAACAUGGGUGAACGUUCUUUUCUGGCUGGUCGUUAUAGAUGACAACGACGUUCAACAAAUUGUGGGUUUGACAGGAAACCGUUCAGUUUUUCAUUGGUACCAGCGACUGUGCAUCUAACUCAGCAAGAAAGAGAAACUGCAGUGGUUUAUAUAGCAAUUACGUUAGCUAUUGUUGAAGACUCAAACAAAAUGAGCGGUUCCGAUCAACUUGAGGAGUUGAUCAAAUUUUUACAUCCUGAAGCACCAGCGCUUUCCAAAGGCCCAGCUGUAAUUUAUUUGUUAGGUAUGACGGCAACUGAGGAUGGUCUUGCCGUAUUUCGGCGGAAACCAGCUUUGAUCGAUACAUUGUGCAUUCUCAUUGAGAAAGACUCGAGUUCCACGAUAAUCGGCAAAGCAUAUGAAUGUAUUUUAAACCUAUCAUCUUACGAAGAUAUGGCUUUGCAUAUACUAACAAGAUGUAAAAAUUUUGUUAAAAAUAACGUGGUGUCCGAUGCCUUGAAUAUUAAUGAGCCAAAUGCUAUGCGGGCUUGUGCCGUAUUAGCAAAUCUCACUCAAACGAAGAAUAGCGCAGAAAAAACAUGGACUUUAAUAAAACCUCUCGCCGACAAUUUAUUGUUUGCCUUUUGUCAUAGAACAGCCAAUAACAGGGGUUAUAGUCCCGCAAGAGUUCCCACAGCAGCUGAAGUUAAAAAUGACGCUAUGCAGGACCAUAUUGCCUUUGUGUUUUCCAAUUUAACUGCGUUGCAUUCUGUACGAAAGUGGUUUAUGGAUCCCGAAGCACGGCGCCUUGAGAAACUUUUUCCCUUCAUAAGCCUAUCGACAGCAACACCAACGCGUAGGUUUGGUGCGGUGGGUACAAUUCGUAACUGUACGUUCGAUACCGAAUACCAUCAAUGGCUAUUGAAGGAAUUAGAUAUUCUUCCUCGAUUACUGAUCCCGCUUAUUGGGCCAGAAGUCGAGACUAACCUAGAUGAAGAAGAUAUGGAGCAGCUUCCAAUUGAUUGUCAAUACCUAGGCCCUGAUAAAAAAAUGGAAGAGAACCCUGAAAUUCGAAAAAUGCUGAUCGAGGCGCUCAACCAAUUAUGUGCCACAAGUUUGGGAAGAAAAUAUCUGAAGGAAAAUGGAACGUAUUUUGUACUCAGGGAAUUGCAUAAGGUGGAGAAGGACCGAGUGGUCGUGGUCGCAUGUGAGAACCUUGUCGACAUCCUGAUUCAGGACGAACCAGAGCAAGAUAACUUAAAGGAGAUUGAUAUCCCCGCUGAGCUAGUGCAGAAAUUUGAAAAAAUGGACGCACAAGCUUUGAAGGAUGGUACUGAUUAAAGAAAGAAUUUAUUCAACCUUUAUGGAGCUUGUUGGACCUACCUCGUUGGCUAUAUUUCCACUGUAUAUAAUAUGAAUAAAUAUGUUUCUUAUACAUUAAUUACAACGCAGCAGUUGUUAUUUGUUGCAGCAUUCAAUGGUAGGCCAAAUUAAUUAGAGAUUACAUCAAAUAUUGUUACAUACAAUAAGUCAAUUAUUAUUAUUAUUGAACUGUAUGUAAGCAUAAUUAAUAAUGACCUGAUA